AUGCCUUCAACGUGGGAGAGUAUCGUCCUACCGACGAGUCCAGAGCCACGGGGCAUCUUCCAAGUGCAUCCCCUGACGGCAGAGAGCGCGGCCAAGACCGCCGAAUUGCUGAGGAAGAACCACGAGCUCUACCACAUCUUUAUCCAUAAUGCCGGUGUCCAUAACCAUAUCCUGCACCACUUGCUCGCCAUCUACGCCCUGGGGGCCACGCCGGCCCAGCUGGAAAAGGCCUUCCAGCUCGGCAUGGCCUCGCAGAAGCCCGUGAAUGCGCCGAACGUCGAAAAGGUCCAUGACUUGAGCGACCCCGCCAAGUUCAAGGCUCUGAUGGGUAGGGCAAAGUAUUACAGUGAAUACUACGCCUUCUUUGAGGACGAGGUCAGAAGAAACGGAGUCCCGAAAACAAUCGAGGAGUAUGUAUUCAAAGGCGACGAGAGAGCAGAGGAGAUGUUCCGCAGGUUCUGGGGUGCGUAUCUGCACUCGCCCAUCCAUCUCGGAUACGCGAUCGAAUUCGACCAGCCCCUCAUUGCGGUCGACGCCUUAGCUCUCACAGCGAUUCAUGAGUCCCGACACGGAGACAUUUUGGAUAUGGUAGAGGAGUAUGCCCAGGCAUCGGCGUCACGGCCUGGACGUGCUCUCGUCGAUAUAUUAGGGGAUAUUAGUUCCAACAAAGCCAUCCGCAAGGCGUUGAAUUAUGAACACAUCGAUAAGAUAGCGCAGGGUAUCCUCCCCCAUGCGAAGGAGGACUUCAUUCGCCUGGUGAGCCAGUACCGGGUUCACCCUGAUGAGCUGGAGGUCAAGACUGCUGAGCUACUGAACGCAUUCACAUACAUCACUUGUCUCGCGCAGCGCCCAGACAAAGAAAUCCGGAUCGACUUCUUCCUGAUGCACACCGUCACGGCUUCAUCGUUCGCACCCGUUCUAACGCAGACGUCGUGGAUCUCCCGCCCGAACAGAGCGCGCAUUCUGGAGUGGCUAGGUCGAGCAGCGUUGACGGUCUACAUCGAAGCAGGUGCCCCUAAGCCUCGUCCUGAGGAGCUGGCCUCCUAUAUGCCCCUUCACCCCUCCGGAUGGGAUGAAAUCUUCCGCCGUGCAUGCGAUUACGAAGAUGAUGGCCAUCUGUCUAAGCUCAUCCGGGGCAUUCGGACGACCUCAAUCGUCUCGAGGCCGUACGUGGACUGCCGCGAGUUUCCACUCAAGCGGGAGGAGGACUUUUUGACCUUGGCGCAUAUGGUCAUCGACAGCUCGGAGAAAUUUCAGGACGAGCAGACUUUGAAACAUGAGGUGGAGAUGGUGAACGAGAAAUCCUUACUAUCCAAGAUUUUGCCGUACGGCAUCCAGCAGGUCGUGGCUCGGUGGCCGCGCGGUGUGGGAUUCGAUGAAGCCCGGUAUCAUGUUGCUGACCGGAAGAGCGGCGCUGUCCCAAGGGCCAGGAUUUGA